AUGUUAGUAAAGUGGAAACACAGCCGCCAUGUUGGAGAAAUGUUUCUAUAUUUUCUUCCAAGAAGGCGACAAAUUUUAAAGUAUUUCGCCUUAAUUCUUGUAGUUUUUAUUAUUGUUAGACUAUUUUCUAAAAGCGAGACACCCAGCGAAGAACCUGGACUGCCUAUCUUAGUCGUACAACAUGGAAAUGAUCAAUACUUCAGGGCAAAACCUCCACUCAACUUGGAGACCUAUUCCAAACAGCAUAUGCAAUGGGAAAUGCGAAAACAAACCAGUUCUUCAACGUCUGAGGUGACGUAUGGUAAACUAAACGUUCAUAUAUGGGGCGAAAUAUGCGGGUACGAUUUAAACAGUUUAAAAAAUCAUGUAUUAUUUCCAAAAUAUCCGCAAAGGCGUUUACACACUCACACAACAGGCUUCACACAUGGGAUUGGAAACAAUGAUUUUGGUGAAAGGAUAUUUGGGUUUUUGCUGCCAAAAUCAACCGGGCUUCAUAGCUUUCGUAUACUCGGGAAAUCCGUGGAGGUUUGGAUCGGCAAAAAUGCCGACCCUUCAUCCGCAGAGCUAGUGUACCAGAAUUCACUUUCUCACAACUCGGUUGGGAAAUUUGAAUUGAAAUUAGUAGCUAAAAAUAAGUAUUACAUAGAAAUACUACACAAAAAAGGUAACCAAGAUGACGACUUUGCAUUAACGUGGAAGGUUCCUGGUGGCUCACACUUUGCAGAGAUUGGCGGCUCGGAUAUAUCGGUAAAGGCUUUGGAUGCCUAUUUACGAAACGGCGAAGUUGAUAGUACUGAGCCUAAUUUGGAAAUUCCAACCAUACAUAGAAAAAUUCGAUUUCCAAUACUUAACGAGCAAGAGCAACAGCGAAAUGACUUGUUCAAGCUCCCGCUUAUCCCGGACAAAGUCGUUAAGAAUGUGUUAACGAGCUGUGAUUAUAAGCCAAGUUAUAUAGUUGAUCAUACUUUGACGAAUUAUAAAGGUGUUUGGGAGACCCAUUAUAGUUCGUUAUAUCCAAUUGACAAGAGCAAUGUGACUCGCGGUGGCUGGGUGUGUCUCGGUAACGAUGGUCUCAAAGAAAGAGAGGCUGUUCAAAUUGUUGAGGAAUAUAUGAAAUCAUUGGACAAAAAGAAUUCAGGGUAGGUACUGUAAUUGUUAUGCCUCGUUGCGUUCUAAUCCAUUGGGUUCCAGAAAAGAUCACCCCACAUGGAGGAAUAUCAUAAUAUCAUAGCUAUCGACAUUUGUAAUAUCAUAGCUACCGAGACAAUAAAACAGUUCCAUUCAAUUGAAUUAGUUGAAAUGAAAAGGCGCAUUUGCUUUUGAUACUAUUGACUAUUGGGAUGUUCAUUAAUUAGGUUACGGUUGAUUUUUCUUGUCUUUUUGAACAUUAAUGUAAGAGGUUAAUGCAUAAAGAUGAGUGAUGAUUAAUUAAUAGUAACUACAAUUGUCCCAUGGGAUCAUUAGUUUCUAAUUGUCCCUCAUGUUUUAGCAAUGAGGUAAAUUAGUCAGUAGCCCAUUAAGCGCCAGCGUUUUCCCCUGGACAAGUAAAAUCGCCUGGUGUUAGACAGAGUAAAAUAAUAAAGUGGGAUGCAAUGCGACUCAAUGGGUUAAUCACAUAUUGCGAGACAAAGGAUUUCGAGGUAGCUAUGAUAUUAAUAGAUUGAUAUUAUAAAAGUAACAGCUUAACAUAGCUUUCACUCAUUGUAUUAAACUCAUACCUUUUUUUAGGAAAUACAAACUAAAUCGGAUCCUUAGUGUGGAAAAAAAUCACGACCCUCUCAAAGGAGAUCGAUACCUCCUAGAACUAGAAAUUGAAGAUAUAAAAACCAGCGAAUCUUACAGACUUUCAGAAUAUGUGUACAAGCAAAAGGGCCAGACUUCACUAUGUGCCCCACAUGCUUAUAGAUGGAGCAGAAAUGCCACUGUAAAUAUUGUUUUAACUGUCGGUGGCCGGCAAGGCAGAUGGGUGCAGCACUUUAUAAAUAAUCUUGCAGAAAUUUAUCGUCAAACAAAAGAUCAGAAUCUUAAUGUCAUCAUAAUGGAUUUCCAUAGCAAGGAUAUAAAUAUCGAGGAGGCGUUAAAGUUGAGUGGAUUGCCACGUUAUAUAUUGCUUCAUAUGAAGUCGAAGUUUCAUAAGACAAUUGGGCUACAGUAUGCAAUGAGUAUUGUCACAGAUCCAAAUGAUAUUGUGUUUGUGUGUGAUCUACAUCUUUAUUUGCCGGUCACUAUUGUUGAUCAUAUAAGAAAGGUUUGUACUGUAUUCAGUGUAUUGCUGUUUUAAUAGCAGAUGUUGAUACCUCAUGUUCUAAUUGUCUGGCUUAUUUCUUUAGCAUUGUAUUCAAGGGAAGACGGCAUUCAAUCCUUUAUUAAUUCGUCUUGACUGUGGAUAUACGGCCAGUAAUCCCAAUGGACGCUGGGAACAUGACGGCUAUGGACCCAUUGCAACAUUCAAGUCUGAUUGGGACAGGUAAAGUAUGCAAAAUAUUUUUACAGUACAUACUUAUUUGCAAAAUGUUGUCUUGUGGAAUAGGCCAUUUGCAGAACCUGGUCACAUGACUGCCCAACCUUUAAUUUAAACUAUCGAGCAGCACUGACUAAAUUACCAAUGCCUGGAAAUGGAAAGAGGAGGACUGGUCCACAAUAGUAAAAGCCAGAGUUUCAACUCCUUAUGUUAAAUACAUGAAAAAUGGAAUUUAAAUAAAAUGAAACUUUGAAAGGAUUCGUAUGGCUAUGACAUAAUCUUGAACUGUCUUUGCCAAUGUUGGUAGUGCCAAUAAAAUGCACAAGCUUUUGUUGGUAGGGAUGCGACUACCUGAAAAUAUAUAUUAUAAUAAUAAGGAGAAUUUCGACGUUUCGUGCGAAGGCCCUUCGUCUGGAGUUACUAGCCAUAGAAGGGUGGGCCUUCACUCGAAACGUUGAAAUUCUCCUUAUAGAUGUUCAGGUAGUUGCAUCGCUACCAACAAAAGCUUGUUCAUUUGUAUGGCUGGCAUGUUCUAAUUUAUAGUUUAAGCUCAAGUCACUUUGAAGGUCUGGUGGCUACCAUGAAUCCUAAUCUAACAUCCAUGAUAUUAAAAAUCUAAAACAAAACUGGUUUACGAUUUCUAUGACAAGGUUUUAUUUGCUAAUUUUAUGUGUGUGUAUGUACAGUACAACGAAUUUUCUAUGAUAAGUUUUUGGUUUUCUGACUGCCACGAUAGCUAUUAUUAGCUAUUACAACAUAGAUCAUUGGCCAACCACAUGCAAAUGCCAAGUCCAAAUUAGCCUGCAUGGCAGGCAGUCCCUAAUAUCGGGCAAGUCCAAAUUUUCUUUGUUGACCCAUACAGACGAGAAAAAUUUGUACUUUGCCAAGUAUACUUGUCAUAGAAAAAUUGCCAACGUUGCUUAUACAGAUGAGUAAAUAAAACUUGUCAUAUGGAAGACUUGCUUGUCUGUAACUGGCUUACAAUUUUUAUACAAAAUUAUACAUUAUACUACAUAGUAUCACAAUACAUUAUAUAUUGCCAAACUUCAUAAACAAAUUUCAUAUUUCAUCAUUUUAUUGCAAUUAUAUUAAUUUCUUGCAAUUAACAACAAAUGGUUAAAAAUAAGACAACAGUAUUGUUUAUAACGUUUUUAAAAACAGCAACCUUUGUUACCUGAAGAUGGAGUAACACUCCAAAACUUUGUAAACAAUAAAGUUGUUUUAUUUUUAAGCAUUUGUGGUCGUUGUUAAUUCCAAGAAAUAAUACAAAAUGAGGCUUAGAGACAGUUCAAUACUAUUAUUUAAAAAUUAUUAAAAAUUAUAUUAAUCAUCGAAAAUAUUUCCGUAGGUUUGGAGGUAUGAACGUGGAAAGAUUCAGACAUACCUGGGGAGGCGAGGAUUGGGAUUUGGUCGAUAGGAUAUUGUCAGCCGGUUUGGAAAUUGAAAGAUUGAAGAUUUUGAACUUCUUUCAUUUCUACCACACGAAGAAAGGGAUGUGGAAAGAUUCAGAAUGACAAACACAUACAGUGUCCAGUAAGUACUUUUGUAAAAGUUUAAAAAUUCUUGUCGAUGACAAUGUGCUUAUGACUGUUAUGCAAUGAAAAUCAGGCCAUUCCGGGAAGGAAGGGGUUAGGGGAGCAAUGAAUUGCAAUCCUUGAGCCUGUUGGGCGUGUGAUCAUUUCCUUCAUUCCGAAAGCACUUGAUUUAGAGGGAAUUGUUUUUCUAUGUUACUGUACGUAACACAUGCUCUUAAUGUACUUGCGCCCGCUGCAGUUUAUACGAUUACAUUCAAAAAUUUUAUUUUUCGAUACAUUUCUCGAUGGGUCGUUCCAGAAAAGAUCCACACUCCCCCCACGGAGGAAAUUUCUGCUGUCCGGAAGGGGAGGGGAGAAAAAAUUGUUUCUGAUAAUAGUAAAUGUAUUAGGACAUCCGGAGGGGGUAGGGGGGUUAACUUCCUAUUUCCUCCAUGGGGGUGGUAUGGAUGUUUUCUGGAAUGACCCAAUCGGCAAACAACGUUAAAAAGCUUGUUUAGUGCUUUAUCUGUGAUAUACAUGUAUUGCUCUAAAAUGAAGAGAUUUCAGAUGGUAUACCAAAGAGAAAAUGAUGUCUGAAGUACAGUAUUGACUGCUGCUGUAAAUAUGGCGUCACUUUUAUUUUUUGCUAUUUUAUAUUUCUCAACCGGCAAAUGCAUUUAAAAAGGUAGCGCAAAUGUACAUUGUGGAUAUGAUUAAAUGCUCUUUACAUCCAGUAUUAUGUAUAUGCUUAACAAAUUACAUACAAGAAAGACCUCGGUCCGAUAUUUCUCUGACAGGGUGCGAUGAUUCAAGAUUUUUAGUUGUACCUGACUGGUACGCCAAUGGUUGUUGCCGCGUACUUGAACUAGACUAGUACAAACUCAGUACUCGAUGUGUAUUUAGUGAUUUUAGUCAUUAAAAUAAGGUUCAUAAAGUACUGGCUUCUGAAUAGUAUAUGUUCAAACUAUAUUAUCCGCAUUUUACAACAUUUCGCAACGAAACUUUGGAAUAUUACUAAUUUUGUGAUGCUCUUUCAAUUGCCAUGAUGGAAUUUUGUCUAGACUUGUUGAGAUCAAAAUUUUGGUUAAUUGGGGAAUGGUCCAUUGUCGGGCUGGCCACGCCACUUGUCUGAAGUUCAGAAUUUACUAUUGCUGUAAAUAUGGCGUUACUUUUAUUUUUUAUUAACAGGCAAAUGCAUUUAAAAAGUACAUGCAUGUACAGGCAUCAACUAUUUCGCUGACAUCAGAAUGACGUUUCGUCAAAACUUUUUUCUUCAAAAUUGGUUUAUAAAACAAAUUUGGCAUAGGGUUAGGUUAGGGUAAGGAUUAGGGUUAGAGUUGGUGUUUGGAGUAGGAUUAGUGUAAGUAAAACUGUUGCUUUGUUACGUUUUGUUACUUUGAGGCCAGCGAAAUAAUCUCAUCCGCAUGUAUACAUUGUGGUUAUGAUCAAAUGCACUUUACAUCCAGUAUUAUACGCUUAACUAAUUACAUACAAAAAAGACCUCGGUCCGAUAUUUCUCUGUACAGACCUCACGUUCUGUUAAUAAGAAGUUAUUAACUUAGUCAGUAACUAUUUAUAAGAGUGAAACAUAAUCAAUCCAUUUAGUGGAAUUAUAAAUGACAUCAGCACGUGAUAUUCUCUCUGAAAAUCAUCUCUGAAAACUACAUGGCUUUGGUAUGUCUGCACUUGCUAUGGUAUCGACUUUCCCAGUAUUUCUUCAUAAAUUCCUUUACAUUAAUUUUCAAACAUAACAUAACUUGAAUUCACUAAUGGUUCUUCCAUGUCCAUGGGCUAAAAUUAACCAGGUUGCAAUUUUAAAUAAUCUAGG